UGUAACUUUUCGUUACUCGUUACUAGAUGCCGCACCCGUUACUCAGUAACGAAUACAUACGGUUUGCUACAGCUCUACUAAUAAUGAGGGAAACUGAUUUUUGUACUCUAGAUUUUUGGCGGUUCCGCUAUUUCGUUCAUUAACGUAUACUAUUGGAAUGUAAUUAGGUUUGUGUCGUAAAUGAUGUUUGUGUUAUUUUAGUUAUGUUGCAGAAUUUAUUGUUUUAGAUCAGUGUAAUAAUGAAAAUAGUGGUUGCAGUUAGUGUGGCAAAUAGGUUACUACCGCAGUACGAUAUGUGCAAUACAAUUAAAAAACGAACUUCUUCUCUUACUGUUUCCAAGGAGCCAGGAAAAAACGGCAAAGUGUUCAUUUUACUGCAGAAUGCCCAAAACAAAUUCGGGACUAAAUACUUGGUGAAUAUUGAAAAUUACUUAUUUUAUUAAGUUACAUAGGAGCUGUGGACAAUUGUGUGUGAGAAAGACGCAUCCGUAAAAAUAAAGAAAAAAUGCGCAAAGGGAUUUUUUUAGUUCGCCAUUUAAUAAUGAUUAUGAUAAUGAACAUUGAAACAUGUAAUUGUUCCGCAUCACAUAUCUAAGUUUAUCCUUGAACCUGUUAAAUUUUGGUUAGGUUAAGUAAGGUCACGUAAAACAUUGGUUAAGAAAGGUUCUCUACAUUUUUAAUUGGUUAUUCCUUACCAAAAAUUAACACGAUUUGUUUUUAUGGGCCCACCUGUUGUGUGGUUUUCUUGAAAUGAGUUUUGCUGGCAAAAGCACCUAAUUCAAGGUAAAAUUCUACCGUCGCGGCUUUUCCUUAAAUAAAAUAACAUUCGGAAAGUACGUUUUUCGAACACUAAAGGCGUUCCUCUAUUUUCCCUCUAAACAGCUUUUCGUACUUACUGGUUUCUGAGAAAAAACCAUUUGUAGAUCCAAUAGCCUAUGAAGUGAAGCAUCUGUCUCCACGUUGUGCUUUUAUUGCAUUGCCGAUUUUUUAGUUUUGAAUAAAUUAGAAUGUGUAUAUUUGUGAUUUGGAUAUUGUAAUGUAAUGUAAAUAAUAAAAUUUUAAAAAUUACAAAUUUUCCUAUAGUACAUAUGUAUCCUAGUGUCAAUCCUUGGCAGGAAUUUUUUUUAGCAUUUUGGAGGCACGAAGCACCGACUUGUUAUUUGCGAAAGCACGUAACCUGACCUAUAAAAGGAAUUGUCAUUGCGUAUAUUAAACGUAUGUGUAAUCACACGUAACUAGUCGGUGAUUCGCAUCUCCAUACUGCUAAAAAAUUCUCUGUCAAGGAUUGAUGCUUAGGUUUGGAUGCACAUUAGGGAGUCAUGUAAAUGUUUUUUUUUAAAUUUAUUAUUUACAUUCUAUUGCAUCACAAUUUACAAAUGCAGAAUACACGUUCUUACAUAUAUGGAAAACCACAGUAUCAACAACUCAAUUAAAGCACAACAUGGUGAUGGCUGCUUCACUGCAUAGGCAGUCUAUCAUGACCUACAAACGUCAAUUUCUCAGAAACAAGUAGGAAUUGAGAAAAGCUGUUUAUACGGUAAAUAGAGGAGGGCCAUUCCAUGCGAAACUGGACAUAUAUCCAAAAAAUUAAAAAUUAUUGUAUAGCACUUUUUGUGGUUUGUUUAGGAUACUGAAUUAUUGUAUUUAACAUUUUUGGUACAGAAGUACGGUAACAAUUGUUUGUUUUUAGGUUAUUAUAUUAAAACGUUAAAGGAAACCAUGUACACAGAGAUAAAUUUUUUGUAGAGAUAUGCUAAGUUGGCAUGCUUAAAUCUUCCCUCCAAAAAGGCUGUUUGUAACAUUCACUAGGUAGUGUUUACAGUGCUAACCUUGCAGUAAAGAAACAUCAACAUAUCCAUUCUGUAGGUAAGUUAAUCUGUCAUGAAUUUGGUUACUUAGUAACUGUAUACAUACAUAUCUGUCACACCCGUAACAAAAAAAUUGAUAAAAGUUGACAUGCUUGGUUAAAUAAAGAAUUGAACAUGUUUUCAUUAUGUGAAUGAAAGGUUAUAUAUGACAAUGUUUAAUGUGACCAUCCCUUAACUGGCUAUAUUUUGAUUAACUAAGUAAAGAUUAAUAUUAAAAAGUGUCACACCCGUAACACAAAUAUAAAAUUUUAUUUUCGUUUAAGGUAUUAAAUCAUGCUUUUAAAAGUAAAUCAUUUUGGAAUGUGUCAGGACUACAGGUAACAAUUAGUUUUGUUUUAUUAGCCAUGUAUAUUAGCUGUGAAUUUUUGUUUGCAUGUAUAUUUAUUAUUACUUUUUACAGAUGAAGGUACAGGACAGCAAAGAACAUGUACGUAAGUGGAGAGAGAGAUUGAAAGCUAAUCCAGAUAAAUGGAAGGAGCACCUAAGUAAAGAACAAGAGCGAGAUAAGACAAGACGAAAGACAAAUAUGGAUAUCUUGUGUAGGCCUAAUAACAGAAGACAAUUGAAAUUAAAACGUUUGAAGGACUCGGAACGCCAGAGGAAGCACAGGAAGGAGUUGAAAGAGAAAAAAGACACAAUUUAUUUAAUUUAUGUUUCUUCUUAGAAAAUUGAUUUUGGGCUCAUUGGGGAGUGGCAUUUUUUUGCCACUUCUCAUGGCAAAGGGGCAGUGGAUGGUGUAGGAGGAAUGGUCAAAUAUAAAGUGUGGAAUGAGGUGAAGUCCCGCCGUAGGAUGGUUUAUUAAUGCGAAAGAGUCUUUCGAUUGUGCUUCGGAAAUCAUUUCAGGAAUAAAAUGCAUUUUUGUAAACAUGGAAGAAAUUCACAAAUUCAAAGGGAUGUUAAUGGUCCGAUGGAACAAUGCACAUGCUGUACCUGGACUUCAGUCAAAACAUUGUUUUAAACCACUGAACAACAAGUUCUGUCUCUUAGUGAGCCGCACAUCUUUCUCCACGUUAGAGAAAUGCAGCAUGACGAAGGAAAAAGUAUCAUACAAUGACAUUUAUGCAGAAACAGAAUCAAGUGAUUUCAGUGACGAUGAACCCAUCCUUUCAGUUUCAACAAAUCAUCUCAAACCAGGACAAUGUGUUUUAGUAGAAUAUGAGGGAAAGAAGAGAACAUACAAAUUUGUAGGGAUGUGCCAAAGUAAGCCUGAUGGUGAGGAAGAUUAAGGUUUCGCAGAUAGACGACAUCCUGAUGCGGUUCAUAAAGCAGGGCACCAUAACCAUCAGGUUCAAAGAGCCGCCCCACGAUCUGUACAUCAAGGGAGACGUGUUGAUGCUGCAGAACUUUGUGAAGACAGUGAGGCUUGCGCAACAGCAAAGCCCUGCCGCCAAUACCCAGCUGUCACAGUGUGUGCCAUUCUCCACGCGGACAGUCAAGAAGCCCAUUUCCAGGAUGGUUGUGGCACAGAAGCAAGACUAUCCCGUGCUGGAAGGAUUCCCACGCACACUGGAGACACUAAAGAUCUGUGGCAUAAGCCAGUCUCGCUUUGACGAGAGGAUCCUCCUGCUGCGGAGACUGGAGGUGCUGGACCUGAGCGACAACAGACUGACCUCGCUGCCGUCCCUCGCGCCCCUCUCCAGGCUCCACACACUCGCGUUGGCACACAACAACCUGGGAACAGGCGACGGAGCCUGGCUGCGCGGACACCAGCUGCCACGGAGCCUGUGCCAGCUGGACCUCUGCAGCAACAAGCUGAGUGCACUGCCAGAAGAAAUCUACAACCUGGUCUCCUUGGUCACGUUGAAAGUGAGUGAUAACCAGUUGACUCACUUGUCAUUUCUGAUAUCAAGACUGUCAAAGCUUAGGUUCUUGGAUGUAUCCCACAACAACUUGCAGUCUUUGCCUUGCACCAUAAGGCAUAUGAAACUUCUUGAAAUUGAUGUAUCAGAAAACAAAUUUCUUCAUCAGUUACAUCAGCGGAAAAAAAGAAAAUACAACUGUGUGGUGCCUUCUUUAAUCCACUUGUCUGCAACAAAUGUUCUGAAAUUCAGGUUGCCAUACUCUGCUGCAAACGUGCCUGUGAGCAUAGUGAGGUUUCUGAAUGGCGCUGGCUACUGCUGGUGCGGCACAGCAGUCUUCAGGGCCUACUGCAGGUGCUUUCUCACCUUUAAACUGGAUCACAUACCUACUGUGCGGGGGGAGUCUCUCGUACCACUCGAGGUUCACACUUGCUCCAGCAAGUGUUACACAGGUGAAGAACUCUUCGAGAUCGGGGAGUGACGCUCGUUGGACCAUUUGUUCCGACUAACAUUGUCGGCUGAAGAUACUAGUCUUCACGAGGAGUGCAAGCUGAUGUAAUGGUGCGCGUGCAAAAUGAGACUAACUGCUGUUGCUGAUUAAGGAUUUACUGCAGGGCAUGUAGAGUUCUUUGUGUACACUUGCAGAUUGGCUGAUCCAAGGAAGAUGCUGCAGGACUUAACAUAAUUUUUUUAUUGUCUUUUUUUGAGUGGACAAUGUUUAAUAAAAAAAUUUGACCCACA